UGGCUGAGCUUGUCAGCGAGGGUUGAACGCAGGCAUCCUGCAGCUCCAAGGAAUGUAGAAAAUGAGAGGAGGGGAAAGGAGGGAGGUCGUGAGAGAGGAGGCUGCUUUGUUGUCUUUCUCCCUUCGAUCAGUCUGAAUUUCUGACAAGCGUGGACCACGGAGGUGCGGAAUUGCAGCCGCAGCUGGCAGGAGACCCUGGUCAUGAGGCUCAACCCAUAUCGGUUUCGCCAAAGGAGGAGGAUAGAUUAAACUGGCAUGUACAGUCUGCAUUGGCUGCCAAGGGGGCACUUAGCUCGCUGAUGAAUUAGAUUGAUCUUCUGUCCUCUGCAGUAAUACCCCCGAGGAAACAAAGGAGCUGGAAAAAACAGGCAGUGUUUGCUGUAGUAAAAUUCUGGACUGAUCAACAGAAUGGAAAGGCGGGGUCCCGGUUAUGAAACUAUAAGGCAGCGUUCAUAUGUGGAUCCUUGGGCAAACGCGCAGAUUCUGCUUCGGGGACCUGUUUCUUUUCUUCAAGGGUUUUUCCCUUCUCUCUUUUUGUAAUCCUGCCUUUUAAGAUUAAGGCUGCCCUCCUCGUCCUCGUGUCCCCCCCCCCCCGCCUCUCCUUUUCGUGCUACAGCAUGGAACAUCUUUUGUUUCAGUUAAAUUCAGUCCUCUCGGUCUGUCACCUGACAGUCUUGUGGUUCUGGAUGAAUGUGGUUCAUUUCUAUUAUUAACCUGGGUUGGCAGCUGGUCCUCCUAACAGGAGUUUAUAGAGAUUCCGAAAAGUGGAGCUUGCUUAAGGGAGAAAGAUGCUUCCCAGCUGGCCUUUGCCGGAGUUUGAUCCAAGUCAGAUCCGACUAAUUGUGUACCAGGACUGUGAAAGAAGAGGGCGAAAUGUUUUAUUUGACUCCAGUGCUAAGAGGAGAACUGAAGAUGCAUCCGCCUCGAAACUCUGCAGUGAUGCUCAGGUGAAAGUCAUUGGGAAAUGUUGCCAGCUCAAACCUGGAGGGGACAGCUCUUCCUCUUUGGAUAGUUCAAUUAAUUCGUCUUCUUCCUCUUCCGAAGCAAAAGAACAAUGUCCAAAAUUUCAGGGUUCCCGGUGUUCCUCAGAUGCAAAUAUGCUUGGGGAGAUGAUGUUUGGCUCUGUGGCUAUGAGCUACAAAGGCUCAACCUUAAAAAUCCAUCAAAUCCGCUCUCCUCCGCAGCUCAUGCUAAGCAAAGUUUUUACAGCUCGAACUGGAAGCAGCAUCUAUGGAAGUUUAAACACGCUUCAAGACAGUCUUGAGUUCAUUAAUCAGGACAGCAAUACUCUAAAGCCAGACCAUAGCACAAUUAUGAAUGGACUGCUUGGAAACAUAGGUUUUUCACAGCUUUGCAGCCCUAGGCGGGCAUUCUCUGAACAAGGUCCGCUCCGCCUCAUCCGGAGCGCCUCUUUCUUUGCAGUUCACAGCAACCCUAUGGACAUGCCUGGGAGGGAGCUGAAUGAAGACAGAGACAGCGGAAUUGCAAGAUCUGCGUCUCUUAGCAGCCUGCUCAUCACCCCAUUCCCCUCCCCGGGCUCUUCGCUAAACAGAAGCUGUGCUAGUAGCUACCAACGGCGCUGGCGCCGCAGCCAGACGACAAGCUUGGAGAAUGGGGUCUUCCCUAGGUGGUCGGUGGAAGAGAGUUUUAACUUAUCAGAUGACAGCUCCAGCCCGAGCCCAGGAAUUGUCAGGAAAAAGAAAAUAGCUAUUGGGGUGAUUUUCACGCUCUCAAAGGAUGAAGAAGAAAACAGCAAAUUUAAUGAGUUCUUUUUCUCACACUUCCCUCUUUUUGAGAGCCAUAUGAACAAGCUGAAGAGCGCAAUAGAACAGGCUAUGAAAAUGAGCCGUCGAUCAGCUGAUGCCAGCCAGAGGAGUUUGGCAUAUAAUAGGAUUAUGGAUGCCUUAAAUGAAUUCAGAACAACAAUUUGUAACCUCUACACCAUGCCACGGAUUGCAGAACCUGUUUGGCUUACCAUGAUGUCAGGAAUGCCUGAGAAGAACCAGCUCUGCCAUCGCUUUAUGAAGGAAUUUAUUUUCUUAAUGGAACAAGCCUCCAAGAACCAAUUUUUACCAGCUCUUCUGACUGCAAUUUUGACAAACCAUCUAGCCUGGGUCCCAACCGUCAUGCCAAAUGGCCAGCCGCCCAUCAGAAUCUUUCUAGAGAAGCAUUCCUCACAAAGUGUGGACAUGUUGGCGAAAUCUCAUCCAUACAAUCCAUUGUGGGCACAGUUGGGAGACCUGUAUGGAGCUAUUGGGUCACCUGUCAGACUAUCAAAAACAGUUGUGGUUGGCAAACGACAAGACCUUGUGCAACGUUUGCUGUACUUCCUCACUUACUUCAUCCGAUGCUCUGAACUGCAAGAGACUCAUCUUCUGGAAAAUGGAGAGGAUGAAGCCAUAGUGAUGCCUGGCACUGUUAUCACCACCACACUAGAGAAAGGGGAAGUAGAGGAAACGGAGUACGUGCUGGUCACAAUGCACAAGAACAGAAGCAAUUUAGCCUUUCAAGAGUCUGAAGAAAUGAGGAGUUCUAACUGCAGCUGUAAAUAUUGCAAAGGGCCUCUUAACCCUACCCAAAAUACAGAGGCUGUUUCAGGACAGCAAAGAGAAGAUACCCAGAAUAUCUCAAAAGUGGAGGCUGAGGCUCUUUCAGAUGAAUGCAGGGCUGCACCUGCUGACUGCCAAGAAAGACCUGCUGAUGUUAAGCAAUGCAAAGAAACAUUGGCCUCUUGCCUGGAUAUAAAGUUAGAGAAAGAGGUCUUCUUAGGAUCAGCCUCAGUAGAAACCUGCGUGUUGGCAGAAUCCAGACUGGAACCAACAGGUGGAUCGUGGAGGAGUGAGGAAUCAUUAGAUUCUGCUAAUCAGGCUGUUGAAGUAAUGAGAUCUACAAGUGCAAUGGUAGAGAAGAAGCCUCCCGACAAAAUCUCGUCGGAUGCUAUUCCUUGCAGCACGGCUGAGGCUCAAACAAAGGUGACCUUCCUCAUUGGAGAUUCCAUGUCACCUGAUUCGGAUAUCGAGCUCCGAAGUCAAGCAGCAGUGGAGCAGAUGGCCAGGCACAGCAACCAGUUGGAUGCUGAAGAAAGAGUACCUGCUGAUCAGAACUGUGAAGCAACACAAACCCUUGAGGACCAAAAAAGAGAUCAGAAUACGCCUGAAGCGUUUCCUGAGGUUGCCCGAGAGAUCCAGAAUUGGACACCUUAUGGUGCAGAAAGUGCAAGCUUGCUUGAUGAAUAUGAGGAGAGUUCAGUAGAAAACAGGACUAUUGAUGAUAUUCCAGUAAAAGGAACAACAGACAUUCUAGAUCCUAGCAGUAGCUUAGAGUUUCCCCCAAAAGUGUGUACAAAGAACAAAAAAACCCCCAGUGAAUUUUGUAAGUUUAUGGAAUCUGUUCGUCAAGAGACUUGCAAAAACUGCUUUGCAGAGCAGGACCAAAGAGACAAAAUCUCUAUGUGUGUCCCCCAUGGGGACAGAGAGAACUUUGAGAAGAAGGCUGACCCAGGUGUGGAUUGGGACAUUCCAAGAAAUGAGAGCUCAGACAGUGCCCUUGGUGACAGUGAAAGCGAAGAUGCUGCGCAUGAUGUGGCCAGAAUAAACAGUAACUAUUACGGAGCAGAGCAAGAAGAGUGGGCAGAAGAAGAGGACAUACCUUUUCCUGGGUCAAAAUUAAUUGAAGUGAACUCUGUCCAGCCCAGUAUUGCCAAUUUUGGAAGGUCCUUGCUAGGUGGCUACUGUUCAUCUUACGUACCUGACUUUGUUUUGCAAGGAGUAGGAAAUGAUGAGAAACUGAGACACUGUUUGAUGUCAGAUUUGUCGCAUGCGGUACAGCACCCUGUUCUGGAUGAACCAAUUGCAGAAGCUGUCUGCAUUAUCGCAGACACGGACAAAUGGACAGUACAAGUGGCCAGUAGCCAGAGGAGAAUCACCGAUAAUAAACUCGGGAAGGAUGUGCUAGUUUCUAACCUUGUCUCCAACCUGCUUCAUUCCACUCUUCAGCUUUAUAAGCAUAAUUUAUCUCCAAAUUUUUGUGUCAUGCACCUUGAAGACCGAUUGCAGGAGCUGUACUUCAAGAGCAAAAUGUUGUCUGAAUAUCUCAAAGGCCAGAUGCGAGUGCAUGUGAAGGAGCUGGGAGUAGUACUGGGGAUUGAAUCCAGUGACCUCCCUUUACUGGCAGCUGUAGCAAGCACCCACUCUCCUUACGUUGCCCAGAUUCUGCUCUAAAAUACCAAAGGGCAAAGACAAUAACUUUAUUUUUUAUAAAGUGGAAGACAAGGAAGCAAACAUGAACCGUUCUUGUUCUGGCUGUUUCUUGCCCUCAGGCAAAUAGGCUGAACAGCUUGCUGACUUGACUGUGUGCCUCUGCAACUGAAUACAUGAUGUGCAAACAAAUGAAGUUGUCUCCUUCCUUCCAUCCUUCCUUCCUUCCUUCCUUCCUUCCUUCCUUCCUUCCUUCCAUCCAUAAAAAAAUAAGUAAAAGACCAGAGACUCGGAUCACUAGAGAAGACACUAGAACUUGGAGGGCUGGCUUGGGCAAUAACUUCUGAAAUGCAUAUAACUGCAAACUGUUAAAAUCCCAGGAUUACUGGAGGUUAGAACUCUUCAUAACCAUAUGCAGUGCUGUUACUGUUUAUACAAGAGAAUAGAACCAGCUGGCUACUUGGUACAAAUUAGGAGAGCAUUUAAAACAAAUAACAACAAAGCUACAGCUAUUUGUAACAGUUUUAACCAUUUCCGUGCUAAAAGUUGAGACUGCUGAAGAUUUAUUUCUUUCUUUUACUGGGGGGAAUGUUCAAUUUACAUGGAGGUAAGGGACUUGGAUCGUAGCCUGCCAAUAGCACUCACCUCAGAAAUGUAUUUGCAGGCAUUUCCCCGUGGAUAUGGUGUCUGGGAGUUCAAGCCAAGAAACACGUCUCAUUUUACCAUAAUUUGGGUGUGUAAUCAACAUUAUGCUUUUGAUGUUGUUCUGAUGUUGUGUUGCUAUCUAAGUACUCCAGAAAACAGAACAUUUGGCCUAGGAAAUGUUAAAUGAAAUUUGUCUCCCACAUUUUGUUAAUGUUGAUUUAAAACACAAACACACACACAAGACUUUAUUUACUUUGAUCUUGUCCUGUUUGAAGCACAAUAAAUAAAAGUUGCCUGCCCUCCAGGCCCUUUAAUAUCUAGGUGAUUCAGGUGCUUAACUUCAUAAAACAUAAAAUUUGCAGAUUUCAGUAUGAAAGAGAGAUAAUGUAUACCAUAAGAGACAAAACUGGAUACAGAAUAAGAGUACUGAAAAAAUAUUGCCCUUAACUACUUAAGCAAAUUUUGUUUUGAAGCAUCAGAUUUUGUUUUACACCACAGUUUAACAGUUGCAUCAGCAUCAUUUAGUAGAAGCUACUCUGAUGAUGCCACCAUGUUUAUUAAUAAUUGACUUAAAUAAAAAAGAGUAGCUAUGUAGUCCCUUCCCCCUCAUAGUUUUAUCCUUGAUUAAGCAAUAACAUCAAAUAUUUCUUAUGAGGGAGCCAUAAUUUAUAAGACAUGCAUAUAAGUAGAUGAAUAGAUAAUAUUCUGAGCAGGCUCUACUACCUCACUUUGAAUAUUGGGACAUGCGGGCUCAUUUUUCCUAGCAUCUAGCACCACUAACCAUAUGUUCGUCAUUAAUUAUUUUAAUUAUUAGUGUUCUGAAUUUCAUAUGUCAUCCCACAGGGAAAAUUAAAAGUAUAUAUUUCCUCAUUUACUAAAAUAACACCUGUCAUGCCAGACCUUUUAACUGUUUGCUCUCUGCGCAGGUGAAAAUUGCAGUCCUGGAAACAAUUGCAUGCCCGGCUGACUUUUGGUUCCGCUUAAAUCCUUCAGAUAGUUUCGUAAUUUAAGUCUCACGCCACCUUCAGUUGAGACUAUUGCAUUUGCUCAAGUGCUUUUGCUUCUUCAGGCUGAAGUGUUUAGACAUGGGUACAUAGGUUGAAGAUUACAAUUGUGCGCCCUGAUCUGACAGCUGCACCAUAUAGAGCAGGGGUUGUCACACAGCUGAAGAAGCAUCCUGUACAAAUGGACCAAGAAUGCCCUGCUAUGCUUUCUUAGGGAUUUCAGACAGAAGGAGCUAGCCCAUAUCGAAUCAAAACUUUUGGUCCACUUAGUUUAGUAAUCUAUAUUCCGAUUGGAAUUGACUCUCCCAAGGUCUCAGAGAGAGGUCUUGCUGCGCCCUGUCUCUAGAUCCUUAAGUAGAAAUGGCAGGGAUUGAAUCGGGGACUUUCCAUUCAAAACAUUUGCCCUGCUGCUGAGCAAUACCUCCUCCCUAAUAAAUUGCUUACCCCAGAACCCCAAGAUUUGCACUGUUCCUAGAUUUAAUGGUGGCAUACGAUGUCUCCUGUCCUUCAUCCCACACUUCCUUUCCAUCCAUUUCUGCGUUGUUUUACAACAGUGUGCGCAGCUGCUAGGCUACAUCACUUGAUGGUGGGUUUUGCUGUUUCAGAAACAGCCGUUCAAGUUGCUCCCUAGGUGAGCUGACACUCUGAAGUGUGGUGUUCCAAUGUAUCAAUCCUACACACCGACUUGCAAGUGCAGUUGCAUGUAGGAUCAGUAAGGCGGCCUGAUAAAAUCUUCUAUUCAAGCAGUAAUAAGUGUUGCCAUAGAUGUAGUCUCUCACAUGCCUUCAAAGGCAUUUGAUAACCAAACGCUACCCAUCUCUCCCCAGCAUUGGGUUCAUUUGAGAUGCAAGAAUAAAUAUUUUUUAUGCUUGUCCGAAUGAUAUUUCUGGAAUGGUUACUGUGCAAAAGACAUUGCAGCAUGAUGGCAUGCUUUCCUGUGACUGAUAAUUGUUUAUGGUACAUGCAGAAUCAAGGUACUACAUACACUUGUUUGUUUGGAUUUUUGUUUUUUUUUUAAAAAAAGGGAACUAUAACAGCACUGUAGUGUUGACCUCUUAAUGUAUCAUGCUUUUCAGAACAAUGUAUAUGCAAAACUAAUCUCUUUGAUUUUUGCAAUAUUCCCAAUGUCCAUUAAUAUGUCUUAAUUUUAAGGCUGAGAAUAAAUUUUAAGUGUAUUACACAUACAUACUAGCAAAUGUCUUUCUACCGCAGCUUGCAAAUGCAAGACCGCCAAGAAAAGCGGGGAAAUCCAAAGCCGGAUUUUAAAUCUCGCCUUUUAAAACCCGUUAGUUAAGUUAGAUAUUUCAAGAGGGUUUGUUUGUUUUUUUGUUUUCGGUCUCCUCUAAAUUAUGUAGAUGGUGGUAUGUGUAAUAUGCUGGGCAAAAUGUACAUACUUGUUACCUUUUGUGUUUUUUGUAUAUAUAUAUUUCCCAAGAUGUGCACUUGUAUUAUAAUAACCAUUCCCAAUUUUAGGGGAACUUUGUGCAAUAAAUACAAUAUUGUCCAUUGAA